AGCGUCGUGUACACUUCCAUUACGGACACGUUCGGAGCACGGCACGCACUAUCGGUACAUUACACUGCGGCACACGCGCACACGCACACGUAUAACACACAAUACGCCAUUGGAGUAUUCGUAGUUGGCUCGGUAUAAUAUAUAUGUUAUACUUGCCACAAGUGGUAGAAGAGAGCCUGCCGCUCGUUAGCCAGUGUUUUGCAUCAUCAGUAAGCGUCGAACCUUCCUGAGCCGCGCCGCCGCUCCGACGAAAUCCUGACUCUUGACCUCCUCUCUCUCUCUCUCUCUCUUGCACUCACUUCAAAGUUCAUUUCCUUUUUUUUUCACUUCUAUUCUUCUUCUUUUUUUUCGGACCACAGGGGUGGUUUCUCUCUUUCGAAGGCAGAGCGAGCCUUCCGUAGCAGCUCUUCGUUUGUAACCCGAGAUAAGUGAUAUAUUACCAAAAUGAAGAUCGAGCAUAUCGUCGGUCCAGUGAUUCAUACGACGAGUGACAGGAAGCUUGUCAUUCACGAUAACGUCCGGAUAGAUUUGAAGGAUGGAAAGAUCGAAAGGUUCACCGUCAAUCCAGGCGAGAAUAAUCUCAACAAAGAAACCACGAGAUACUUGAAGAAUGGAGAAUUUCUCAUUCCAGGUCUCAUAGACGGACACAUACACGCUGUGCAAUUUCCAAAUCUUGGCAUUGGUUACGAUAAGUGCCUUCUCGAUUGGCUUGAUGCUUACACAUUUCCUUUGGAAAAGAAAUAUUCUGAUGCAAAGUUUGCAGAAAAAGUCUUUGAUGCUGUUGUGAGGAGAACAUUGAAAAUGGGUACUACAACAGCCUGCUACUAUGCUUCGAUUCAUGAAGAGGCAUCCCUCAUUUUAGCUAAAAAAGCAAUUGAACAUGGCCAGCGAGCAUUAGUUGGUAAAGUUAACAUGAAUUCGAGUAAAUGCAAUGGUUACAGCGAGAGCUGUGAAAAUUCCAUGAGUGUGACUGAGGCUUUUAUUAAUAAAGUUCAAAAACUAAAUAGCCCAUUAAUUCAACCAGUAAUAACACCUAGGUUUGCUUUGAGUUGUGAUAUGAAAUUGAUGAAACUAUUGGGAGAUCUUGCUAAAAAGAAAAAUAUUCACAUUCAGACCCAUAUAUCUGAAAACAAAGAUGAAGUAUUAGCCGUAAGAGAAGCUUAUAAUGAACACAAACAUUAUGCAGAUGUUUAUGAUGUAGCUGGUUUACUAACUGAUAAAACAGUAUUAGCUCAUGGAGUAUAUUUAACAGACAGUGAACUUGAAGUUAUAAGCAAACAAAAAACUGCUGUUAUCCAUUGUCCUGCCUCUAACACAUGUUUAAAAAGUGGCCUUUGUGAUGUGCGUAGAUUGCAAGCUGCUAAUGUAAAAGUUGGACUAGGAACUGAUGUUUCUGGGGGUAAUUUCCCAUCCAUUCUAGAUGUUAUGAGAGCUGCUUUACAAGUUUCAGCACAUUUGUCAUUUAUUCAUGAUUCAUACAAACCUCUAACUUAUGAAGAUGUAUUUUGUUUAGCUACUCUCGGAGGAGCUGAAGCUUUGGCAUUGAGUGAUAAAGUUGGUAAUUUUGAAGUUGGGAAAGAGUUUGAUGCUUUAGUUAUUGAUUUAGAUUCACCAAACAGCGUAUUAGAUAAUUUGCAGAGUUAUACUCUUCAAGAAAAAUUGCAGCGACUGAUAUAUUCUGGAGAUGAUCGCAAUAUUAUGGAAGUUUAUGUAUCAGGGCAGCGUGUUGUGUAAAAAUAUUUUAAUUUUUGUAAAAAAACAUGACAGGUGCAUACUAUAGAACUAAUAUAUUUUCAUGUACUUCUAUUUUAAA